CCGUGUGAAACGAGCCCUGGUUGGACUGUUGCCUUUUCCUCUCAAGCCACACACCCCCAAACCGACCAGCCAGUUCGUACGGUUGUUGAUCGGCAGUUGUUACCUGACCCUGUUGUACUGCUCUUGUGUUCCGUUUCGACCGCCGGCAGCAUGGCUCCUGCUAAUGCCCUUGACGAGCCGUUCGACUACAUUGUCGUCGGCGGCGGCACGGCGGGCUUGGUCGUCGCCAACCGCCUCUCGGAGGACAGCAAUGUUCGUGUGCUCGUCGUCGAAGCGGGCGGCGACCGCACCGCCGACCCCUUCGUCCUGACCCCCGGCCUGGUCGCGGGCUUGUAUGGCAAGGAGGAAUACGACUGGAACUUCCAAUCGACGCCACAGGCGACCUUGAACAACCGGGUCAUCAACCAGGCCCGAGGUAAGAUGCUUGGUGGCAGCUCGGCACUCAACUUCAUGAUGUUGCUCUACCCGUCCAAGGGCAACAUCGAUUCCUGGGCGGCUCUGGGCAAUCCCAGCUGGAACUACGACGCCUUGGCUCCGUAUUUGCGCAAGUUUGCUACCGUUCACACGCCGCCCCAGUCUGCUCGGGACUUGCUUGGGUUGACUUACCUCAACGAGACCCUAGUCAAGGGCGAGGGGCCCAUUCACGUCUCGUUCAGCGAGGGUUAUAGUGUGACAAAUAAGACGUGGCUACAAACCUUUGCCGACCUCGGGCUCGAAGUGUCGGGCGACCCGCGCGACGGCAGCGCGCUGGGUGCCUUCCAGAGCCAGGCGAGCAUCGACCCGGUCACGCACACCAGGAGCUACGCCGCUAGCGGGUACUACACCCCUGAAGUUGCCAAACGGCCGAAUCUCGUGGUCCUGACCGAGACCCUUGUGAACAAGAUCCUGUUUGAUAGGACAGGCGGAGAGGAUGCUGUGGCCACCGGCGUCGAGAUCAUCUCCAAGGACGGCCAGAAGCGACAGGUUUCGGCCAACGUCGAGGUCAUCCUCGCGGCCGGCGCGCUGCAGACGCCCCAGAUCCUCGAGCUCUCGGGUGUGGGCAGCCGGGAGGUGCUAGAGAAGCACGGCAUCCCCGUGACCGUAGAGAACCCAAACGUGGGCGAACACAUGCAGGACCACCCCAUCGUGGUCCAGAGCUUUGAAGUCGCCGACGGCGUGCCUUCGGGCGACGUGCUGCGGGAUUCCAAUGUCGUGCAGGCCCUGGUCGGCAUGUACCAGACGACGGGCGGCGACGGGCCAAUGGGCCAGAGCCUGAUCAGUGUAGCUUACGCACCUCUCGUCGACGGCUCGGGCAUCGUCUCGGAUGAGGCCAAGAAGCAGCUGUUCGCGCAGCACGAGUCGAAGCUCAUCACCCCAGAAGCCCAAGUCGUCCGCAACCUUAUCGAGUCACCCAAGGAGGCGGCCUUCGAGUACCUCCUCUUCCCAAGCCAGGUCCUCAUCCCCGAGCGGCCAACCAGCAUGGCGCAUUACAUCACGCCCGCUCUCCCCGAGAACUACAUCACGAUCAUGACCAUCAUCAACCAGCCGUUCUCUCGCGGCAACGUGCACAUCACCAGCGCGGAUGUCAAGGCGGCGCCCCAGUGGGAUCCGAAGUAUAACGACAACCCGCUCGACUUCGAGCUUCUCGCUCGUGCCGUGCAGUUUGUGGAGCGGAUCGUCGACCCCUCCACUCCCUUCGGUGGGAUUCUGAAGCAGGGCGGCAAGCGCCUGCCGGAGCUCAAGGCGGAUAACCUCGAUGCCGCGAAGGAGAUCGUACGGCAGAGGCAGAUCUCGGUCUUCCACGUCUCGGGCAGCUGCGCGAUGCGGCCCAGGGACCAGGGCGGUGUGGUGGAUGAGCGGUUGAGGGUCUAUGGCACCAAGAGGCUGCGGGUCGUGGAUGCCAGUGUCUUCCCGCUGGAGCCGGUUGGAAACAUCCAGAGUGUGGUGUAUGCUGUGGCGGAGAGGGCGGCGGAUCUGAUCAAGGAGGAUCGAGCUGCGGCGAAGGCAUGAGCAGCGGACGCAACGAGGACAUGAUAG